GAACCGUUUCAUCCACUACUUCUACGAUUCCAUGAAUGCGCUUCCCCAUUAAGCAUUCUUCUCCAGCUUGCUUUGCAGAAAGGGCGAUCGAUCGAGCGGACGAGGAAGAAGAAGGAAGAAAGACGAGGAACAAACAAAUAAAUCCCAUUUUCUUCUUCUUCACGAAUCUUUCCUACUUUUUAGGGUUCUUAAAUUGCUAGAUCUCUUUAUUCGAUCGAUUUCGGUAUUUUCUAGGGUCCGAUCGCUCACUUUGCUUGCUGGACACGGUUCUAGGGUUUCUAGAUUUGAAUCGAUGAACGAUCCCACGCAGAUGAUGAUGAAUCGUGGCUUCGGGAUCUGGCCCCCUCCGGCGCCGGAGGAUCCGAUGGGGUUUUCCAACCCCUCCCGGAUCCCUCCGCCCUUCGCCGCCCCAGGAGGAGCCAUGCCCGGUCGCAUCAUGAACUGGAAGGCUAAGACGGCGGCGGAUCACCGCAAGAAGAAGGCGGCCGCUGCUGCCGGAGGCGUGCCACUAGGUGGCGGUGGCGGUGGCGUGGCUGGCGUAUACAAUCCGCCCGCGCUCCAAGAGCUUCAGUACGAGAAUCGUGUAAAGGCGCGCCGGUUCUACCCCAAGAAGAAGUUCGUUCGUUCCGCCCCUUUCGCCCCCCGGAAUACGACCUCCUUCCUCAUCCGCGCCAAGAAGUCGGGAGGCAUCGCCCCGCUGGUCUCGCCAUGCCCCGUCACGCCGGCGGUCCUCCCGACGCCCAAGCUCUCCCCGACGCGCGAGGACCUCGCCGACAUGGUCAAGGAGGAGUGGGGCGUCGACGGUUACGGCUCCAUGAAGGGCCUAAUCCGUCUCCGGUCGCCGAGCGGCCACGAGAUCCGGCCCGGCGAGGAGGAAGACGACAACGACGAGGAGACGUCCAGCGAGAGCGACGUGGAGGAACACUUGGAGGUCGAGCGCCGGCUGGACCACGACGUGAGCCGGUUUGAGAUGGUGUAUCCCAGUGAGGAGCACGGGCCGGCCUCCGAGCUCCUGGAGAGCAGGGUGAACGGCCAGGACGUGCACAUCGCGCAGCUCGAGGAGGAGAACAUGACGCUAAAGGAGCGGCUUUUCCUGAUGGAGAGAGAGGUCGCCGAUCUGAAGAAGCGGGUGCUGCUGCUGGAAUCCAUCAACGGCGUCAGGGAAGAAGACGACGACGACAAGAACAAUAACCACGACGGCAACGACGCCGCCGAGGAGGACGGCGAGGAGUGCUCGGAAGGCAGCAGCAUCGGGGCUGCCAUGGCGGAGUGAGUCCACACCUCCUCAGUGGGUCCUUCUUCCAUCUCUUCUUCUCCUUCUUCAGUAGAUAAUCCAUGUGCCUGAAUUCUUGCUUAGAUAUCAAAUUGUAUCUUUUGAUUAGUAAUCUUGUAGAAGAUCUGCCUUCUUAUGGUUUGCCUUCGUAUCGUAUGUUAAUUCUGUGAAUUUACUUCUUAAAUUUGUGUAAUCUUGAACAAUUUGAUUUCUAUUUUCCUUUUGCAUUGAUUGAA